UUGGAUUAGACAGGCGGGUGAAUACUUCUGUUUAAUCGGAGAUCAUAUUCAAUUGCCGAGAGUUCACACGCGAGCAGCAGUAGGACAGUGUAGCGCGAGCCGCAGCUCUUGUUCCCUCAUGCUCAGAUGUCCAGACGUGCAUAGGAAAGCAGAUCGCCCUGACUUCUGUCUCCUGACUUCGUUUAGGACUCCAACUCAUUUGUCCUGCAGGUUCAUCUGAGAAGGUGGAUUACGCACCCGCACGCGGCGCUAAGACUAAUGACGUUGUCUGUGGAACCGGACACCCACGGAGCUUGCUAUUCUCCGCGUGCUUGACAGCAUUGUGGUUUGACUUCCUGUAAGCGGAACUUUGUAAGUGUCAUGAGAUAACACAUAGACAGACAUCACCAGAGCAGCGGCUGAUUAUGCGGAGACCCGAGAAGAGCGACCCGCGUGCUCGCUAUCUACAAGCGACACACACGCUGCAAUAGUUUCAUUCACGAGAUUCCGGUUACCGGCGUUGAAGAGUUCUGCGUGCUGCCUAAGGAAGUCCACGGGAGGUCUCCGCCACCGCGUGCGGUUGAGCCGUAACCGAAGCCGAUACGGAGCAGGACAUGGGGAGCCUUCCGCGAGCUCUCGCGGGCCCGUGGGUGUGCGUAACUUUUACUGUUGACUCGAGCGCACGUGCGGCGUGUUUCAGCCGGUGUCUUAUCUGGAGGACUCACAGUGGCUCGAGGUUUUAGUUUAUUGUAACACAUCGCGAUUCUGUUAAAUCCAGAGGACUUUGAGGCGCAUCUGUGACUCAACCAGCAGCCCCUUCCAGCGACGGACCCGAGCCUCGCGCCCCGAGCCUCGCGCCUCGCAUGGGCGUGAAACACUCCUCGCGCUGCGUGCUCCUACGGAGAAAAAUGGCGGACGCGGAUGGUACGGAGGUGAGUCCGGUAGGACGCUCUGAGGAGAGAUCGGGAUCGCGCGGCGACCCCUUGAGCGCAGUUCGUUCCCAGCUAGUGCAGCCAUGUGCUCUGCCCAAACCGGUGCCCUCUGUAUCCCACGCCCCACGUCCCACCCACCCGCUGCAACCUCCUCAUACGCCCCACACAGCCGCCCUGCCCAGCUGCCCUGGCCGGGGCAAGAUGGCCAAGUUCCUUGAUCCAGAGGAGAUGACCUCCAGAGACUACUACUUCGACUCCUAUGCUCACUUUGGCAUCCAUGAGGAGAUGCUGAAGGAUGAGGUGAGAACACUGACCUACCGCAACUCCAUGUACCACAACAAACACGUCUUCAAAGAUAAGAUUGUGCUGGACGUGGGCAGUGGAACAGGCAUCCUUUCCAUGUUCGCCGCUAAAGCUGGAGCCAAGCACGUGUAUGGGAUUGAAUGUUCCAGUAUAUCAGAGUACUCUGAGACGAUCAUCAGGGCGAAUCACUUGGACAGUGUGAUCACCAUCUUUAAAGGGAAGGUAGAGGAGACUGAGCUGCCUGUGGAGCAGGUGGACAUCAUCAUCUCUGAGUGGAUGGGCUACUGCCUAUUCUAUGAGUCCAUGCUUAACACAGUCAUAUUUGCCAGAGACAAGUGGCUGAAGCCCGGUGGCCUGAUGUUCCCAGACAGAGCUGCUCUCUAUGUUGUGGCCAUUGAGGACAGGCAGUACAAAGACUUCAAGAUACACUGGUGGGAGAAUGUGUAUGGCUUUGAUAUGACCUGCAUCAGGAAUGUAGCACUGACAGAGCCUCUUGUUGACAUCGUGGACCCAAAGCAGGUGGUGACGAACUCCUGUCUCCUCAAAGAAGUUGACAUCUACACGGUGAAGCCGGAGGAUUUGUCCUUCACAUCAGCCUUCUGUCUGCAAAUCCAGAAGAAUGACUAUGUCCAUGCACUUGUCACCUACUUCAACAUCGAGUUCACCAAGUGUCAUAAGAAGACCGGCUUCUCCACAGCUCCUGAUGCCCCCUUCACUCACUGGAAGCAGACGGUCUUUUACCUGGAGGAGUACCUGACCGUGAAGAGGGGGGAGGAGAUCGUGGGGAGCAUCACCAUGAGGCCCAAUGAGAAGAACACACGUGAUCUGGAUUUCACUUUUGAGCUGGAGUUUAAAGGUCAGCUGUGUGAGGCUGCCAUCGCUCACGACUAUAAAAUGCGCUAAGCAGCCAGCAGGGGGCGAGAGAGCAUCGGUGCGGCAGUGGCCCCACCACUGUAACAGCAGAGAAGGGGACACUAUCGUCCCAGCAGCAGCCCCUGAUGCAGGCAGCACUCAGCACUCUGAGAUGUACCAACGUCGUGGAGCAGAGAGCAGUAAUAGCUUGAACUAUUCCACCAUGUCUGAUGCUGAUCAGAUGGCAGCUUUGAAUGUGCUGCAUUAGAAACUCAAUGUCACUGUUCUUAUGAAUAUGCAGAGCUAGUCUGAAGUUUCUCUACUUUUGAAAAGGAGAGCUGGUGGAAUACAUUGGUUCAUUUGGUUUUGGUUUGAGACUAAAUUCAGAGACACUGAGGAGCUAGACCUUUUCAUUCUAGUUUGAUGUAAAUUCACCCAGUAAUUUAGCACAUAUUUGACCAUUUAAUGCACUAUUGCAGGGUAGUUUAACAAAAUUAGAUAUUAAAUUCAGUGGCAUAAAGCCCAGUCCUGAAUAUUUAAGUUAUAUGGUUUCUUUCUCAUACAGCUGUUCAAGAAAAUUAUGAAGAAAUUCACUGAAAUAUAAUUUUGCAUCUUUACAUAGGUUAUGAAUAGUGACAGUACAUUUGUUAGAUGUUUUUGUGUGUUCGGUUCAUAUUUUUUGAGCAACUUACAAUAUGUUGUGGGAGUGAAAGAGUUAUCAUUCAGUAAUUGAAGACUUUUGUUAAAAUAGAAAUUGUCACAUAUCCACCUACAUUAAGUAACAGGGGUAGACAGGGCAAAGGAACACAGCGCAGUGCUGAGUGUGUAGGACGAAUCUGAAGUUGCUGCUCCACAUCUUUGCUCUUACCGGAGUCAUCACCAAGGUGAACAGCUUACUGUCCUGCUACAACCCAAAAACAUCACAGUGACACACCUGUAUCUUACUGAUCACAUUUAGUAUUUGUACUACUUGUACCUGUUUAUUGACAUCCACCUGAAGGGAAACUGCAGGUAGAACACGGCAGCUGGACGUAGCCUCAGCAGAAUUUAAAGCAACAUUUCUCAACCAAGGACUUCGCCGGCAGGUCUGUGCAGUUAACUCUUUAAACAUCUAGACCGUUCAUCACCUUGUUCUCUGUGGAGCGUUCACUGUAACUUGGAGAGUAAUUCUGAUGGUGUAGGAAGACGACGUGCAUGUUUAGAUAACACGGAUGUACAUUUGGUAACAUCCUCAUUGAUUCUUUAAAUGUGAAAAGGCAUAAGUAUUUUCCCGUUGUUAAUGCCAUAAAAGGUCUUAUGUUUGAAUCAUUAAAUCAUAUUUAAAGGUAUUUAUAGAUGUAACAUAACAUGAAUUAUUAGAAAGGUACUUUGGGAAUGUCUAUUAAAUAUUGAUUGUACUGUAGUAACAGUAUAUGUAAAGUAAAAAGGACCAGAAUGUGCCCAUUAGUACAUUGUCAGUGAAGAUCAGGUUUUAUAUGUGACUACAGAAGCGCUCAGUUAAACAUUCGAAACAUUCUGGACCAUGUUGUAAGGCUGAGGAACCCAAAAGCCAACAUACCUGAGUCUGCAGUAAUGGUAUUAAUGUGCUAAUAAAGAGAAAAUGCUGGAUUGAGCAGACAAGACCCAGGAUUAUGCAGUAUGAUACUAUGGGACUGAAACUAAAAAAGCCUUUUAAAAUGUUGCUGUUUAAAAUCUUGCUUUGACCACUAGGUGGCAGUUAUACAGUUGUUCUCAAUGUAUUCUGGUGUAACCUGGUUUUGCUGAUGGUAACUUGAAAGGAAAUAAAUUCUUUUUGUUGUUAUUGUAGCAAUAAUGAAUGUAUAUAGUCAAGCUGCCCAUUACAAAUCUCACAAAGAAAAAACUAAUAUUUUCCAAAUGAGAACCUUGGUUGUAAAGUAUUAUACCUCUGGUGAUACGA